AUGGAGAAGGAAGAUGCGGAGAGGUCCGAGAGGGAGAGGAAGGAGUUCGAGGAGAGGGAGAAGGCCUGGCUCAAGGCCAUGGAGAUGAAAAGGAAGAAGAUGGAAGAAGAAGAAGAAGAAGAAUAUGAGGAACAACGAAAGAAGGCAAUGGACGAAGAGUCUCGGAAACAGCAGGAUGUUGAUAGGCCCACGUCUAAUCCUCUUGCACUAGAAUCUGAAACUUUUGCUAAGUAUAGAAACUCAUUGAUGUCAGGACAGCAACUGAUUGAGAGUGUUGUCAAACAAGUACCAAAUUUCGAAACUGAACUGAAGUUAGGCCAUGUAGAUAUUGUUGGGGGCUGCUUUUUGGUCAGAAGGCACAGACAAUGUUUCAAUCCGUUGGUGACCCAUAGUAGAAAGAAUCGUUUCCCCGUGGUCAGUAAUCAGAGGAGUUCAGAUAGUGGCGCCAGUUCAUCUGAGAAUGAUGAAAGAUUGGUUUUUAAAGAUGAGAGUUCUCUUGACGGUGGAGGCAAUGGUGCUUCUGAAUUGGCAGAAGUUCCUAGCGUUGUAUUACAUUCUCUGGAUGUCAAGCGUGAGAUAAUGAUGCUUUCUAUACCCGCUAUUGCGGGGCAAGCACUUGAUCCUUUAGCACAGCUUAUGGAGACUGCUUACAUUGGUAGAUUAGGCUCUCUGGAGUUGGGUUCAGCUGGUGUUUCUGUGAACAUCUUUAACUACAUUUCAAAGCUAUUUAAUAUUCCUCUUCUCAGUGUUGCCACUUCUUUUGUUGCUAAAGACAUUUCAAGAAGUGAAAAUAAUUCUUCUGCUUCAGAGACGCACUUUCUAAACAACAGUAGCAAUGGUAGUAGACCUUUUGAUGUAAUAGCAGAAAGAAAACAAUUACCAUCCGUGUCCACAACUUUACUGCUAGCUGUUAUGAUUGGUACUUUUGAGGCUUUAGCCUUGUCUUUGGGAUCUGGCUUGUUUCUAAAUAUCAUGGGAAUAUCAUCAGAUUCACCCAUGCGGGCUCCUGCUCAGCGUUUUCUUUCACUAAGGGCUCUCGGUGCUCCUGCUGUUGUAGUGUCUUUGGCUCUUCAAGGAGUUUUCUGUGGGUUUAAGGACACAAAAACUCUUGUUUUAUGUCUAGGAAAGUGUAUUGGGAAUCUUUUAGCUGUGAUUUUGUUUCCCAUACUUAUGUAUUCUUUCCAAAUGGGUGCAACUGGUGCAGCAAUUUCCACAGUUGUGUCUCAAUAUGUUGUCACCUUCUUAAUGCUAUGGUUUCUAAAUAAGAGAGCAAUACUACUGCCUCCAAAGAUGGGAUCAUUACAAUUUGGAGAAUACAUAAAUUCUGGUUGUUUUCUUCUUGGAAGAACUCUUGAUGUUCUAACAACCAUGACUUUGGGGACAUCAAUGGCUGCUCAUUAA